GAAUGGACAAAACUAACCACUGGUUCUCGAUGCAGCCUUACACAUUUUUUUUGUAUGUUUCCCAGGCACAUAGUUUGUCCUUCAUUCUAUAAAGGACAGAAUGAAACAAGGGGGUUGCAAUCUGCAGAGCUACAUGCUACUAAAUACUGUGCACUGGUCCUUUAAGUUAGAGGAUUUUAAACACAGUAGUAUGAGCAGAAAGCUGGGCUAGUCAUUUUUUCCAAAAUGAAUAAGAAAUGAUCAGAUUUUAAUGUAGUAAGAGCUAAAACAUAAGUAACAAAAGAAAAAAAAAACCCGCACUUUGUUUGUUAUGACCACUGCCUCUCCUCUAGAUGGCAGACGUCUUCCUCAAAUAAAACCAGUCUGCCAUAAUCACGUGAAGAAGAAAUGAGAGGCACAGCAACAACAACAAGACACUUGGACAACUUGUCCAGUACAGAAAAUUAAAGUCAACCAAACCGUCAAGUUACUCACAAGCAUGUUCAGCCUGCAGUGUGCAGAGAGUCAGAUAUCCGCUCUGAUGGAGACUCUGGUGAAGGCGGCGGUGACGGAGCUCAGCGCGCUUCUGGACGAAGCUACGGCCGCCCAACGCCGUCCUGCUCCGGCUGCAGUAGCUCCUAUGAAAGACGGAGAGGGGAGAGAAGUGACUACACUGGAGGAGAGACAGCACUUCAAUAAAGAUAUAACGAACCAGUUUGCAUCCCUCAUGGAAGUGUGGGCCAAAGGUGCAGUAGAGAAAAUAUUGAUGAUGUUGAAAGUGUCCGUGUGCGAAGCAGAGGACAGUCCUGCCACGGAGCAGAGGGCUGGGCUGGGUCCCAAGACGAAACGGACCAGGACAAAAGCGGGGCAAGUGGCCGGGCCCAAAAAAAACUCUACAUCCAGGAGCUCACGUCAGAAGAAAAAGAAAAUUGAUGGAGGGCUUGAAACAUCAUUAAGAAAGAAGAGUGACCAUAUGUAUAAUCGAGAGGGGCAACGUACUGCAGCAACAGCUGCUGAUGCAGCCACAGGUGAGACUAACUCUGGAUCCCAUUUUGAAACUGAAGCUAUGUUAACAGAACCCAUCUCAGAGCUGGCCUCCGAUGUAAGCGGGGAAAACACUUCAACCGCCACAUCCAAGAUCAAAAAGAAGAAGACCACAGGGCCGUUCAAAUGUCCUGCUUGUGACAAAUCAUUUGCUCUGAAGUGUUUGAUGGACAGACACUACCUGACUCACUCCAAACCUCACCUUUGUUCUGAGUGUGGUAAAUGUUUUGCUGGACUUCGGGGCCUCAUCGCACAUACGAGACGUCACACCGGAGAGAAGCUUUACAAAUGCACAGACUGUGGGACUGAGUUUGCGUACAAGUACACUUUUGACAGACACAUGCGUCAGCACAGCCUGAAGAAGCCGAGCAUCCACAUGUGCACGCUGUGUGAGAAUCAGUUUACCGGGUUGCCAGCGUUUCAGCGACACCAGUGUUGUGCCUUGAAAAAGACGUUUGUCUGCUCGCUUUGCACAGAGACCUUCGAUUGCAGACAGAGUUUGGCCGAUCACGAGAAUCUACAUUCGGGAAACAGAGACUUUGUCUGCGAAAUUUGUGGCGAGAGCUUCUUCUCGUCCUCGUCUUUGGCCACUCACCGGGUGACUCACAUGCAAAAGAAAAGCUGCUGCGACGUGCUUGGCGUCGGAUGCAGCGAUUUCAGUGUCCUCAAAAAUCAUCUGAGCAAACACACGGGAGAAAAACUUUUCUCCUGCGAGGUUUGCGGUAAAGGUUGUAGCCACCUGAGCGCUCUGAAGCACCACAUGCUGACCCACACGGGAGAGAGGCCAUACGUCUGCGAGACCUGUGGCAAGCGAUGCAGCCAUGCCAGCGCGCUUCAGAACCACAUGAGGGUCCACACCGGGAAGAAAGCGGGGCAGCAGCCCGUCUGCAGUGUGUGCGGCAAAACAUUCCGCUGCAUGGUCAAUCUCAAAUAUCACAUGAGCAUCCACACAGGGGAGAAACCUUACGCCUGUGAUCAGUGUGAUAAAAAGUUCAGCAACCCCAGCAAUCUCAAGUUACACAUGACGGUUCAUUCAGGGGAGAAGAGGUACGGCUGCAACGUCUGCGGAAGGAGGUUCACCCAGUCCAGCAGCCUGAAGCUGCACAGACGGAUCCACACAGGAGAAAGGCCGUACCACUGCUUGGUCUGCGGGAAAGGGUUCACACACAAUGGAUACUUCAAGAAACAUCAGAGGAGUCACCUGCCAGAUGGAGAUGGACAGUCUGAAAUAACUGAAGUGACAACCUAAAGCAUUUCACUGCUGUACAGUCACUUCCUGCACUUAUACACUGACAUACUGUAUACGGAAUCUCAGGCUGGCUAAUGUGAAUAAAUACUGUGAGAUGACAGAGAUCUGUCAGCAGUCAAAGAUUAAUCAGUUCUGUUCAUAGAGUUGUCAAUGCCUUUAAUAACCCUGGCAGUAUUUUGCCUUGAUUUCCUGUGUUGUCGCAAAUACAAUGCUGUUUUUGUCUGUUAUCCACAGGGUUUAAUAUUCCACCAGUACUGUUUCAGAAGCUUUUUGACACCAGACUUCGUUAACUUGCUUAGAUUUGGUCAUUUUUUCUUAGUUCAUGUGCUUCUGCCAUGGAUAAGGAGGCUACAUAGUUUGUCUGGUUCUUUUGUCUGGUAUUACUAUCUGCACAAGAUGUUUUAUUUUGAAAAAGUACCCAAAUUCAAUGCCAUUUCUGUCUGGCUCGAUCUGCUUUGUACUUCUUGAUACCACUGGUCGUGGCAUCUAUAGAAACCAACCACGUAUUCUCUACAGAGUAGAGAGAUGCUUCUGAAACACACUGCAGUGCUUCUGGUGGACUCGCAGACAUGGCAGAGAUAAACUCCAGUUGCCAUAUUACAACCGUGCCUGGUUGAAUUACUUUAUAAUAACAAUAUUAACUUUGUUCAUGUAGUUAUAUUGUCUAUAAAUUGUUUAUCACUAAAGUUUCCAGAAAAUGUUCUAUAA